AUGAUUCAGCAGGUGCCAGAGGUCGAAUUCUUCGACGCACACCCCGUGGCAAUGCACUACGUGCCGCCCCCAAAAAGAAAGCUGGCGCCCCGCACCUGCUGGUCCGGCUACCUGGCGGUGCCCUUCAACACCACCUUCUCAUGUGGGGGCGCGCUAACAACGGCGGUGGCGUACAACGCGAUGACGGACUCACAACGGGAGAACUGCAUCUACAACCGUGCGGUGGAGGAGGUUUGCCUCUGCCCAGUCGGCACAGUUUGGGUGAAAAGGCGUCUCGGAGAAGACUGGGUGUGCCUUCCACGUCUACUGCUCGUCUCAACUCGUUUGGAGGAGAAGUUUAUGUGCCGGGACCCCGACGGCGAGGCGCUUGGCCUCCGCAGCAGCCGCAACCCGAGUGACUUCUGCCUCCACGUCCAGCGGGACGCGACGCUUUCCCUUGACCUUAAUGUGAGCUUCCGGUGGAUGGAGAACGACGAGCUAGCAAGCUUCCAGGCUUCGGCUGGCAACUUGCUUCUCUUUGGGAACCUACAGUACGAUGAGAUCUACAUCACGGUGCGGCGAGGCGUGUUUGGCUUCCCCGACUCACUGGCGCGGUCUGCCAGACUGUUUGAAUUUGUUGUUAAGCCCGAUCCGCUAAACAUGCAUGCCUUUGGCGUCGUCGAGGGCCACCCGCUGCAGCGGGACGGCUACUUUGAGCACGUCGUGUACCCGUUUAGUGAUAUGGCGCUGCUGCACGACGCGCAGGUGCUUCAGAGGUUGUCGGGAGGCGGUGCCAUAAACACAUUCUUCAGUGGGGAGCGCAACUUCACCCUGCAGCACAUUGAGAGAAAUUUGAGUCUGCUGAGUAGUGCUUACGUCACCAGCAACAUGAUGUACAUGGAGAUUGGCUUUUGCGGCUCCGCCCUCCCCUUCGGAGGCCGCCACGCGCGUCUCUGGAUGACGUUCGAGCAGCUCCCGCCCGUGGAGGAGACGUACAAGUACGACCAGCCGCUAAGCUCGCCGGUCAUCGCCGGCAUCGUUUUCGCCUGCGGGGUGGUUGUGGGCGGCCUGUUGGCGGUGGGGUGGCACUGCUGCCAUCAGCGGGAGGACGUCGACGAUCGGCUGGUGCUCAACACCCAAUCGGAGGAGGACCAACGAAUCAAGAAGACGCAGUGA